AAACCAGACUCCCUAAGACAUAUUUUCCAAGUUCCCAGAAUCAUUUGGAAGUCUCAAGUUCACUAUUGCGCAAGCUUUGAGCAUACAUGGAGGAAUUACAGGAAGCGUUGAGUGAAAAAGGCGUAACCGUCUCAACUCAUCCACAAAAGGGUCGCUGCAUUUUCACUACCCGAGAUUUUUCCCCAGGGGAAGUAAUCAUAAGCCAAGAGCCCUAUGUUUCUGUUCCCACCAAAACCAAGACUGGACCAUCAGCAAAAUGUGAAUGGUGCUUUACAUCCACUAAUGUUAAGAAGUGUUCUGCUUGUCAAGUUGUCUAUUACUGUGGUGCCACAUGUCAAAAGUCAGAUUGGAAGUUGCAUAGAUUUGAAUGCCAAUCACUAUUCAAAGUUGAGAGGGAUAGGAUAAAAUCCCUUGCACCAACUAUCAGAUUGAUGGUUAAACUUUAUCUGAGGAGAAAACUGCAAAGUGAAAAUAAUAUCCCAACUACUGCCAUGGACAACUAUGCUUUGGUGGAGCUUUUGGUGUCUCACAUGUCUGACAUUGAUGAGAAGCAACUAGUGUUGUACGCUCAGAUGGCAAACCUUGUAAAUUUGAUCCUCCAAUGGACCGACAUCAAUAUAAAAGAGAUUGCAGAAAACUUUUCUAAGUUUGCAUGCAAUGCACACACAAUUUGUGACAGUGAACUGAAACCCCUUGGAACUGGGCUCUAUCCUGUAAUUUCUAUAAUUAACCACAGUUGUUUGCCAAAUUCUGUUUUAGUGUUUGAGGGACGAUUGGCAGUGGUACGUGCUGUACAGCAUAUAAAGAAAGGUACUGAGGUAUUGAUAAGUUACAUAGAAACUGCUGGAAGCACUAUAACUCGACAGAAAGCCCUCAAAGAACAAUACUUCUUCUCCUGCACCUGCCCUCGCUGCAUAAAAUUGGGACAAAUUGAUGAUAUCCAAGAAAGUGCGAUUCUGGAAGGCUAUAGCUGUAAAGAUAGUCGGUGUAAAGGUUUCCUGCUUCGUGACUCUGAGGAUAAAGGAUUCAUAUGUCAACAGUGUGGACUUCUUAGGGAGAAGGAAGAAGUAAUGAACCUUGCCGGUGAGAUCAAAUCAAUGUCCGAAAGAGCUUCAUUGUCAUCUUCUUCUGGCCAUAAAAGAGAUGCUAUUGUGAUGUAUAAAUCGAUUGAGGAGCUUGAGUUGAGGCUUUUCCAUGCUUUUUCAAUCAAUCUGAUGCGCACUCGGGAAACACUUUUAAAGAUGUUUAUGGAGCUUCAAGAUUGGAAGGAAGCCUUGGAGUAUUGCAGAUUGACUAUUCCAGUUUAUCAGAGAGUAUAUCAAGGAUUUCAUCCGUUGCUUGGACUCCAGUAUUAUACUUGUGGAAAACUUGAAUGGUUGCUUGGAGAGUCGGAGGAAGCAUUCAAGUCACUGAGCAAGGCGAUGGAUAUAUUAAGAAUUACUCAUGGAACAAAAAGUAGUUUCAUGAAGGAGCUCUCAUUCAAGUUGGAAGAAGCACGAGCCGAGGUUUCUUAUAAGCUUUCAACGAGGAAAGAGGAUGGCGAGGGAUUUCAGGAUUGAACUUAAGACCUCUUUAAUUGGCCGGCCUUGCGUCACUUUACUAUUUUGGAGUGACGGGGGAAAUUUGCAGCCAUUACCUGAGUGCGUGUAUAGAGUAAACCCCAUCUUAUAACCUUAGUAGACAAAGGACAAAUAAUAUGAGGUAGGCCAGUUUAGGUCCGAUUUAAACCAAGAUGGGUCAAUAGAGCGCUUCCACCUGGAGUUGAACUUGGAAUCCUAGUGUAUCAAACAAACAAUCAGACUAACUUGGUUAGAGUUGUUCUUAGUUUAUUACUCUAUAUUUUGUUUUGUUAUGCAAGUUGGAUGGAUAUUUGGUCUCAAUGGGUAAAA